AUGCAGCCUUCAAAUAAUUUAACUUACGUGCCUUAUUAUUAGCCACUUUCAUCACCUAAAUUACCUUUCUAGCAAGGCUAAUUACAAUAAACUCAUUAGUUCAACCUUUCUAAACCCACAAAUACUUUAAGUGGAUAAACAAGUAUAGGACAAACCGUUUUUACUUCUACAACGAACGUUACAACAGUGUUUCCUACUGUUAAUACUUUAAACUACAGCAACAUGCCUUUUUAAAACUCAAAUGCACUUAUUCAUUAGAAAACAGGAAAUAUUACAUCCAGUUCUGCAGGCAAUACAAAUUACUUAAAAUCCCCAAUAUUAAAUUCAGCAUAAAUAACAGCUACAAGUAGUACAGCAGGCAGUUUAUAAAAUAGUAACUUAGUUAAUUCAAUAGCUUUUAAUGAAUUUCAAAAUAAUUAGAAUAUCUAAGCUUAAAAUUAAAUGCUGAAUUCUAGAAAUACAAGAAGUCCAACUUCAAAAGGAGCAGGGCCUCUUCCUGCACUAAGAUCUAGUAGCAGUAAACACUCAAAUGAAAUAUAAAAUGAUAAGUAAUUCGAUAUAAAAGCAUAUAUUAAUAAGCAAUCGUUUGCAGGUAGUGCAACUUUUGACUCUAAGCCUAUCUUUUUCAGCUCAUUAACUAAUUCUUUUCAGCCACCAAGUAUUAAUAACAUACCAACUAGCUCUAAUAAUAUUACUACUACUACUAAUAUUCAAAAAUAAAAUAACUAAAAUAAUAACUUCGAAAUAUAAAUCAUCAAUAGAAAUGGCUUUUUUGAGGUUAAUUGUGAAUCUAUUCAUCAGUAAUCUUAAGAAAUUUUGAGUAAAUUAAAGAAUAAAUAGCUUAGUCUUUAAACUGUAAAACAAUUAAUAUCUGAAGUGAAAAGCUUAGAAACAAAAUAUUCUGAACUAUACAAUAAGUUAUGUUCCAAUUAUGAAGAGGUGCUUAUGGGUAAAUAGAUUCCUUAGAAUAAAUUAACACCUACUUUAGGAGAUAUCCCUUAAGCAUCUAAUAAUAAUAUUUAGGUUGAAAUUGAGCAGAGUCCAAGUAUAACAAUUACUCCCAUUGAAACUGAAAACAAAAUUUUAAAAAUCAACAAAAUUCCAUAAAACCUAAAAUUUUUAGGAGAAUAUGACCCAACCAUAACGCAACCUCAUACUACAACAGCCGCUUUUACUCUUAAAGAAGAUAAGAAGAUUCCUGUAAUAAAAAGCAGUAAUGAUGUAGCAAUAGUCUUAAACGAGAUUAAAUGUGAUUCGAGGAUUUAAACAACUGGAAAUUAUGAAAAAAUUUUUAAAACUGAAACAGAUGAAGAUCCUAGCGAUUAGUAUACCAAAGAAGAAAUUAAGCAAAGAUUUUUAGCAAUAAAUGACAAUGAUACGCCUUAACUUCUCGGCAUACCAGGUGAUGGGAAAAAAAAAAUUUCUAAUUCACCUAAAAAAUAUUCCUUUGAUGUUUCAAAUUUCCCCAACGAUUACUAAUCUUCAGACGAGAUAGAACGCCUAAUUCAGCAAUAUAGACAAAAUGGUAUGAGUAAAAGUGCUAACCACGAAGAAUAAAAAUAAAAUUAAGGAAAUGAAGGAUAAAAAAAGCCAAAUACUAGAGGCAAUUCUGCAUCAUAUAUUAAAUAAGAAAGUUCUGAGGUUUAGGAAGAAAAUUAAGAUAGUAAAAAUACUUUAAAAGUUGUUUAGAAUCAAUAAGAAAAACGUAAAUUAUCAGAUAUAGAAGAAACUAGUAGAGAUAAUACAGCCAAAAAGGAAACAGUCACUAAAGUUGAAUCCGAAAAAUAAUAAUCCUAAGAAACUUAGUAAUAAAUAUCCUCUACAACUGCAACUGCGGGAAGCUCCUCUCCUGGAACAAAUAAAAGUUCUAAAAAAAGCACUACUUAGGAUUUGCUAGAAAGGGUAAAUAAUGUCUUAUAAAGAAGUGAUUUGUUUUUGAUGAAGCAUUCUGAUAAAAAACUGAAAAAAGGACAAAGCAAAAACUUCAACAAUGUUACUGCAGAUGAUGCAGCUACUUCUAUAUAAAAAUUAGAUUAGUAACAAAUGCAAAAAGAGUAUGAUUAAAGCAGUGAAAUAAAAGCAAUCAUGGAUUAAAUUAAAAGAAAAUCUGAUUAUGCUUUGAAUGAUAACGCUUAGACAGGCAAUUAAGAAAAAGAAGUUAGAUAAAAUCUUAUAAUCAAGUUUUCUGAAUAGAGUCCUAAAAAUUAGGAUAAUGUUUUGAAUUCAAACAAAAAUAGAGAAAAUCGUUCUAUUAGUGAUUAUAGUGCAGAAAAGAAAAAGGAACAGACAAGAACGAGUAUUUAAAAUUUAGCUGAAUUAAUCAAAAAGAGUGCUGAAAAUACCCCUUAAUCAAAUCAAGCAGUUCAUGGAAGUGCAGUUAAUUCUGAAUAAAAUAAUUUAAACUCACCACAAACUGUUACUUCUUGUCAACCAAUUUCUCAUGAAGCAAAUUAAGGAAAGAGUACAUUUUCUAAAUUUGUCCAUUAUACUUAAAAUGCUACUUAAUUUGGUAGUUUUGCUUUUUCUUCUCCUAAGAAUACUCUAGGGAUAAAUGAACUUUUGAAUAAAUAUUCAAGUAGUGUAAAUAACUCUCCAAAGACGACUGUUUUAUAAGAUAAAGUUGAUGUUGUUGCUGAAGAUAAUUUAAAUUAAGAACAGGUGUCAUCUAACUAAAAUUCUAAAGUUCCAUCACUUGUUUAAAGCCCAUAAGUUUUAAUUUCUUUUGUUAGCUAAGCUUCACCAGCAAUAAAUCUUAGUGAAUCUGCAGCAAGCUGUAAAAAAGAAGAAAAAGUAGAAAGUGCAAUCAAUUCAUAAAAAAAUUCUUAACUAAAAUCUCAAUUAAGCGACUCAUAAUCACCUGCUGUCAAUAUCCAUGAUUCAGAAAAGACAACAGCCUUCUCCCCUAGAAAUUUUUAAACUCAUAACAAUACUACAACUUAAAAAACAGCCUAAACAGAAUAAAUUUAAAUUUAAGAUAAGGGAACUAGCUCUCAACAAUUAGAAAUAAAAUAGGAAAAUUUGAGUAGUUUUGCUAGAAAUAUAGGACAAAGUGGAGUUUUUUCACCCUCUUCAUUUUCCUCAAACAAAUCUGUAGCUGUUUAAAUAAUAGCAAAUAAUACGGAGGCGACAUAAAAUCAAGAAGAGCAACCAACGAUUCAUCCAUUUUUAAAACAAGCAGUUUCUUAAGAACCUUAAUCUGAAAAAUAAAACCACGAAAAUAUUAAAAAAGAAUUAUAAGAAUCUCAAAAUAUUCAAGUAGAGUUAUAUGAAGAAAUAGAUCCUUUUACAUAUUCGAUUGAAAACUUUAAAGUUGGAAAAAAACUAGGGCAUGGUAAAUUUGCAGACGUAUAUGUGGCAGUUGAUAAGCACACUGGAUUCAGAGUUGCAUUAAAACAAAUUAGAAAGGAGACAAUUAAGGAAUUUAAUCUUUACUAAGAUAUUUUAAAUGAAAUUAAAGUUCAAGGAAUUUUAUCACAUCCUAACAUAAUCAAACUCUAUGGGUUCUUUAUAGACAAUGAUAGUAUCUAUUUGAUCUAGGAACUAGCUAUAGGAAAAGAACUAUUUACAGAGUUGAAAUCAACUAUUUAUAAAAAAUUCACUGAAAAUAUAACUGCAUUCUAUGUAAGAUAAGUGAUUGAAGCCUUGAUUUACAUGCACUCUAAAAAUGUGGUCCACAGAGAUCUCAAACCUGAAAAUAUUAUGGUUCAUAACGGUUUAUUAAAGAUAUGUGAUUUUGGGUAUGCUGCAAUUGUUUAAAAGAAUAAAAUGAGAAGCACAUUUUGUGGCACUCUUGAUUAUGUCAGCCCAGAAAUGGUACAAGGUAAAUCCUAUGAUUUCUCAGUAGAUGUUUGGAGUGUAGGAAUUUUGACUUAUGAGCUCCUAAUUGGCCAUGCUCCUUUUGCAGCCAAAAGUCAUGAUGCCACAUUUGAUUAGAUUCUUAAUGGUGAACUGAGAUUCUCUGGUCCUAUUUCAUUUGAAGCAGGUGACUUCAUCUCUAGAAUAUUAGAAAGAGAGCCAAACAGUAGAAUGAAUCUAACAUAAGCUCUUUAACAUCCAUUUAUAUAAAAUGAAUACAUAAGGCGUCUUCAAAGCGAAAAAGGAGGAGAAAUUGACUUCGCUGAUUUUAACAAAUUAUGA